AUGCCCGAGCCCAGGACGACGAGGCUGAGGUCUUCGACCACGGGCGACGUCGCCGCUAUGGCAGCUGCUGUUGCCAAUGUCGCUGCCAGCACGUCGACUCACGAUGCCUUGCCGUCCAUCCGGUUCUCUGCCUACUUCGACCCCCGUGCUACGCGGCCCAGCUUGUCGUUCUCACCCGUGGCCCGAACACUGCCUUCUGGAGGCGAGACCAUUCGUGUCGGGCGAUACUCGGAGCGAGAGAACCAGCCGGCCGUCCCUCACAACGUCCCGUCGGCCGCACCCGUGGGUUUCAAAAGCAAGGUUGUCAGUCGACGUCACUGUGAAUUUUGGUACGACCAGGGCAAGUGGUAUAUCAAAGAUGUCAAGUCUUCAUCUGGUACCUUUCUCAACCACAUCCGCCUGAGUCCCCCCGGCACAGAGUCAAAGCCAUUCCCUAUCAACGACGGCGACAUCGUGCAGCUUGGUAUCGAUUUCAAGGGCGGCGAAGAAAUGAUAUUUCGCUGCGUCAAGAUGCGGUUGGAGUUAAACCGAGGCUGGCAGAACAAGCCCAAUGCUUUCAAUGUCCAAAAUCACAAGCGUCUGCGCAACUUGACGUCCUCUGCCAACUCGACAAACUCGACGCAAGACUGCUCGAUUUGCCUCAACUCCAUUGCCCCCUGCCAGAGCCUCUUCGUCGCGCCGUGUUCGCACACAUGGCACUACAAGUGCAUUCGCGCUCUGCUAAACACUCCACAAUAUCCCACGUUUGUCUGUCCAAACUGCCGUAUGGCCGCGGAUUUGGAAGCCGACAUCGAGGAUCCAGACGAAGACUGGGACGUCGAAGCCGAGGAGUCGGAGAAGAAAGAAGACGACGGGUCUGGUGUUGACGCCAAGGUGCCCACCUCGGAUCACUCGCAAGAUGUGCGGGAGGCGCGACCUGAAGGCCGUGUCAGCAGCGACGGCGACGAGCUUGUGGACGUGACCGGACGCCAGGAGGAACGCGCGACCCGCAACACAGCUGCCGACCGAAGCACGUUGAUUCCGAGCUCCGUAUCGCAGCCCAUGACAAUACGAUCGCCAUCAGGGCCUCUACAUCUCAUAAACGGUUCGUCACGCGAUAGGACGCCGUCGCCGCCGGGACAGCCCCACCUGAAUGGCCACGAGGGCCCCAUCACGCCGAGAAACGACGCGGGACCAUGGGUGUUUGACGGCAGCGCCGCCGGCAGCCGAAACGCGUCAAUGUCUGAGGAGGCAGGCGGUAUGCGCUCAUUAGACGCUGCCACGGAGAUGGAUGUCGACAGAUAG